AUUGCCAACGAAAGGAAACACAAAAAUGGCGGUUGAAAUGUUUACUGGAUUUAUUGCGCGCAUUUAGUUCAGAAGAAAGAAUGCGUUUCGUGAUUUCAUGUGUUUUUCAUCAUUUACUCUUACGAUUCUUUUGUUUUAUAAAUACUCGCACAGCAACAUCCAUUGUUUUACUUAGGUUCCAUACCAACAUCCAAUCAUUUAAGUUCCAAAUGGUUUCUACUGCAAGGUGUUUAUUUUGCGCUUCGGGUUAAAAUAAAUAAUGGAAGUGUCGAAUUAGAUAUCUGUAGGAAUUAUUGGAUGUAAUUACUUUUAUUUGCCGAUGGUUAACCUCUGUUAUCUUUGACGAAAGCCAGACGGGCUUAUAAGCUACACACAGAGAAAUUAUUUGUGUACACAGACGUGAAUAAUUGCUGUUACGGAGGGUUCGUUGGUCUGACAACAAUAUCUUUAACGAUGAAGACGGACGUUGUGUAUUUGGUCGUUAUAUUCUGCGCAUGCGCCUGUGUCAACAUCCUGCUGUUUGUCGUUCAUGUGAUCCCAGAACGGAGCUUUACUGUACGGCGUUUAGUGUUUCCUAACGCAACUGCUAUUUUACCAUUACAAUCGACCACACCUGAAUCCUUGGCGCGCCGGAAGUCACACAAUGCACCGCCUUUUGAUGAUCAUUCCCAAAACAACCGUGUAUUCCGGUUUAUCAUAAACCCUCAUAGCGCAUGCGUCAGAAAUGAUUCGAUACGAUGGGCCAUGGUAACCAUAGUCGUCAGUAGCUCCAUGUAUACCGAGCGGCGACAGGCUAUUCGUAAUACGUGGGGUGCAAAUGGAAAAGCCUCAAAUUCAAAGCUGUUCUUCCUGUUGGGUACAUCCAUAAGCGGAAACAACGAUAUUGCAAAAGAAUUCGAGCUUUAUCAAGACAUUAUACAAGUGGAUAUAUUAGACAGGUACCAAAACCUGACUUACAAGUCGGUUGCAAUGCUUCAGUGGUUCAACGAUUAUUGUUCAAACGCUCAAGUGUACAUGAAAGCGGAUGACGACGUCUAUGUAAACACGGAUAAUGUUUUUACAAAACUGAUCUCUCUGGCGAACACAAGUAGAUUUUUCUUAUGUCACGUGUUUCGCAACGCACCUCCAAAUCGUGACCUAAGAUCGAAAUGGUACACGUCAGAAACCGAAUAUGAUAAGCCUUAUUUUCCAACGUACUGCUCGGGCAUUGCGUACAUCAUGCAUGGAACUAUUUUACAAGACCUAUAUUCAUCCGCGCGGAUAGCAAAAUACCUAACUAUGGAAGACGUUUUCAUUACCGGAAUUUCUGCGCGUGACUUGAAAGUAACGCACAUUCAUGACGAAAACAUCUGGUGGACAACGGCGCCACCUAACGGCUGUGCCUUUCAGAAGUUGCUAGUCGCUCAUUACAUGACGCCAAACGACAUGUUUGUGGUGUUUUCCCAACUCCAGAGUAAUGAGGUCAACUGUACGACGAACGUGAAUAAAUAUCUGAAAAUAGUUGAAGACAUGACCUGAUUAACAAAUGUGCAAAAUUGUCGACACGUCUAGUCUGGUCAUGUAAGGGUUGGAUACGGUUUUCUGUGAUACUCAACAUCGAAUACCUUGUAUUGUUUUUGUCUUAAAAACACCAUUUAUUGAAAUUUCUCAGCAGGUAUUAUAUUGCACUAUGUUUCCUGUAGGAUUAUUUCUUUACUUUUUUCUCUUUCACUGUCUUGUAUAACGUGUUAUAGGGUUAUGCAUGCAUUUAAAUAAUCUGUGUUAGCUCACCUGAAUAUAAUGUUUCAUGGUGGCCUUUUGUGCUCGCCCUUUGUCUUUGUCGUUCGUAUUUAACAUUUUAAUUUGUAAACAAUUUAGAGGCCACAUUACACUAAACACAUAACAGACUCUUACGCAUACAUACACCAUUCUAUAGAGCGCAUACCAUUCAUGUUAAAUACAAAUACAGCGUAUUUUAAUUUUUCAAUUCAUUCUCUUAUGUAAAUGCAAUACACCAUUGUUCAAUAAAAGUUCAAAAGGU